AUGAAGCAGCUUACGUCGGAUGGACAUUUUCUUCAUUCUCCGUUACUGGAUCCAGGCUCCUCAGGCAGAAGCAGUGCUUCACUAUAUACGCAAUUCUCGCGUCCGUCUAAUGAGAACGUGUAUCGCAUUCUCGACUCGCUAGCGCCUCCUCCACAGGACGACACGGACUCUGUACAAGCAGUGAACGAAGAGGAUGUGUUCUUCCCUUUAGUUCCAAAGACACCCGUGGAACACUUUAGCGGCUCUGAUUACAGAAACAGUAGCGAACCUUUCCUUCUCUCUUCACCACAGGCCUCUGAUAACAUCUGGAUAGAUUUGGGAGCUCCCAGUGUUACUAUGCAGCAGAUCCAAACAACAACACCGAGAUUUCCAAGAGCAAGAGCAAGAGCAAGAGCAAAAAUAUGCCUUUCCCCAUCCCCGUACAUGUCUCAUGCGUUCAAAGCCAACCCAAAAAGGACUAAUCACCAUCCCGAGCCCCGGCAGGAGUCCCCACCAACACCUCAUCGUCGACACAGACGACGAAAAAGCCUGGGAAGAUGCGCUCCUCCUCAACAAAAUGAUGACAGCUCCAUAGAGGGCAAUGCCAAGGAGCUCCGUGAUCCGAGAGAGGAGAACGAAAAUUGGGAGGGCACGGGAAAGCAACCGCUCCGUAACUCGAUAAUGCGACCACCGUCGAUCGCAGAUAUUUGGCCGCCGCCGGGGUUCUUUCCGGAUACAUUUGGAGUGGAAGAGGGGAGGGGAAGUUGA